GUGGAUGGUGCAACAUCCGGUCUGUUCUAGCGACCAAUACGAUCGACGUUGAGGAACAAUACAGUCGCUCCCAUCAUGUUCAAGUCCCUAUACAGGAGCUGGACGUGUUGUUGUUCUAAAGCAGCUUCAAGCAGAUUCGAUUACUUGUUUCUCAGUUCCUCAUAUAUGACACUCUUCACAACGUCCCACAGGAUAUUCUUCUUUACCUACCAAUCCACAUCCGGUCGCAACUAUUCUAUACAUUCUUCGGCUCCUGUGAGCCUCUCACGGUGGUGGUCAUCAUGGACUCCAAUUUUGAUCCAUACUCGCAGAACCUCACCUUCCACGCGGCGGACGGGACCCCGUUUCAAGUACCCGUGAUGACGUUGGAUGACUUUUACCAGUACUGUAUCCAGAUCUGCAUCAACUAUGGGGCUCAGUUUGGUGCUUCAGUCAUCAUUUUCAUCGUCCUUUUGCUUCUGACUAGAUCUGACAAGCGUGCUUCUUCGGUCUUUUUCCUCAACGGCGGUGCUUUGCUGCUCAAUAUGGGUCGGCUCCUCUGCCACAUGAUUUACUUCACGACCGAUUUCGUGAAAGCCUACCAGUCUUUUUCCGGUGAUUAUUCUAGGGUACCCACUUCCGCGUACGCCAACUCGAUCCUGGGGGUCAUUCUUACAUCUCUUCUCUUGGUCUGCAUCGAGGUAUCGCUUGUGCUCCAGGUCCAAGUCGUCUGUGCCAAUCUCCGACGCCGGUAUCGAACCGCUCUCCUCUGCGUGUCGAUCUUGGUUGCCCUGAUUCCGGUUGGAUUUCGCCUGGGAUACAUGGUUGAAAAUUGCAAGACAAUUGUCGAAACUGAUAACCCCUUGUCACUUUCUUGGCUGGAAAGCGCUACGAACAUUGUCAUCACUAUUAGUAUUUGCUUCUUUUGCAGUAUCUUCAUUACUAAGCUUGGAUUUGCUAUCCGUCAGCGAAGGAGACUAGGUGUCAGGGACUUUGGACCGAUGAAGGUGGUAUUUGUUAUGGGUUGCCAGACCUUGACCAUUCCAGCGGUGCUUUCGAUUCUUCAAUAUGCGGUCUCGGUCCCCGAACUCAAUUCGAACAUUUUGACCCUGGUCACCAUCUCUCUUCCGCUAUCAUCCAUCUGGGCUGGUGUUUCCCUUACUCGCUCAUCCUCCACCGAGGAAUCCCCGUCUCGUGGAGCCUUGUGGAAUCGCCUCACCGACUCAAACGGCACGAGGAGCAACCAGACAUCGUCUACGGACACCGCCGUCGCCAUGACCUAUCCAAGUAACAAGUCGAGCACGGUCUGCUAUGCGGAUCAGAGCUCAGUCAGAAGACAACAUGACCCAGAGCAUGGGCAUGGCAUCUCUGUGGCGCACGAUGUGUCGGUUCAUAGUUGCCAAAAGCUGUAGAGUCGAUCGGAUGAAGGCGCCACGGAGGUCGUGUUUGUUUUGGACAUUGAGCUCUGAGGGCCAAAGGGAAUCUACUGAUUGUCUUUGUAUUAAUACUAUUUUCGCUUCAGCGCUCCAUCAUUUAGUGCUAGCUUAGGUGAAAU